UUUGAAUUGUGGAGGGGGGCAAAAAGUGACGGAACGAAAACAGCCGUCAAAGUGUAAUGGUCGUCGUGUUUGUCUUCCGCGAAUUUGCCUUUUUUUUUAUUGAAAACAGCAUUUUUACGAAUUAAACUGUUUUCCAAUGAAUGAGGAAAAAUUUCAGAAAUAGUGUUUCAUUUAGCACUGUGCAGUUAUCGUGCAAAUUUCGCCUACAAAGUCCGAAAUCAUUCGAUGUUCUCUAUUGAGAAUAGAACUUUUUAUGCAAUAAAAGAUGGAACUCUGGGAACUGAUUAUAGAGUUUUGUGAGAAUCGGGUAGUUUUUAAUUCGUAAUCAGACUGUGAAUGCGAAUGUGGAUUUUACGCGAGUGAUCAGUUUUUAAGUGAGAAAACAUGGAAACUUCCAUUGACAAGGAGUCAGGGCUGGGAGGCCUUUUCCAGCAAAUUAUUAUGGAUAUGAAGAAUGGCAUGCCACUGUGGGAGGAUCUUAUUGCUAAAGCCACCAAGCUCCAUUCCUCAUUAAAAGCUACCAUAUUGGCAGUUACCGCCUAUCUAGAAGCUUUCCAGAAAAUUGCCGAUUCAGCUACAAAUACAAGAGGAGCCACUCGAGAAAUUGGAACAGCUUUAACCCGGAUAUGUUUGCGCCAUAAAGCAGUAGAGAACAGAAUGAAGCACUUUACUGGGGUAAUCAUGGAAUGUUUAAUAAUACCUCUACAAGAUAGGCUUGAGGAAUGGCGAAAAACUGUACUAAAUUUGGACAAAGAACAUGCCAGAGAUUACAAACGAGCUCGAACUGAACUAAAGAAACGCUCAACUGAUACUUUAAGACUGCAGAAAAAGAUGCGUAAAGGAGCCGGAGGUGAUGUGCAAAAACGAUUCGAAUGCGGACUUCAGGACGUUACAGAGAGACGACAAUUGCUCGAAGAAACUGAAAAACAUGCAGUUAGAGCGGCUUUGAUUGAAGAACGAGGACGAUUUUGUACUUUUGUGGGGUUACUGAAACCGGUAGUGGAUGAAGAAGUUGCCAUGUUAACAGAAAUGGGUCAUCUGCAAGAGGCUGUUCAACAGCUAGAAAAACACACUUCUGAUCCUAAUACUUUGCCUCCAGCUUCUGAACAGGUCAUUGCUGACUUAAAAUCCUCCGAUAGCGGUUGGUCCUUUCAAACUCCACCUUCCUCUCCUUCCAGUCUCGGGUCCAGAAAGUCAUCCAUGUGUUCUAUUAGUUCAUUGAAUAGUUCAUCAUCUGGCAGUUCGAAGAGUCAUCAUUCACCCAGCCAUCCGCAUUGGCAAAGAAGUUUAUCUCAGCCUGUAGGUCGUAAUGCUGGUAAACGCGUAUUGUCAGUCUCUAGCCAUGAUUCAGGGUUUAUGUCCCAGGACACCCUGUUUCCUAGGCCAGCCUCUUCUUUUAGCGUUGCCCAGGUCUCGAACAUGUCUGAGCACAGUAAUAACAGCAGUAGCUCCAGUACCCCUUGCACACCAUUUCCGGCAUCUUCGAUUCCAACAACGACUUCCACUUGGCCAAAUCUGCAAGAAACCAUGCAAUUCGAAAGGGCUGCCUCAGCUAUUAUCAGCGAACGGCCACAUACCAUAUCAUCAGCUUACGAAAAAGGGCAUUCCAGACCUCCGCUCACAGUCUACACAUUCCAAGCACCAGAACAAAGUUUGUCGCAGCCGUCCAGUCCGGUAACUACAAUAACGCCAACGUCCGAAUCGAAACCGAUUACUAUGCCACCAAAAAGCCCGUCUUUGUCUAUGAAGAGCCUGUCCAAACCACCAUUACCAACGCGAUGUUCUUCACUUGAACGUCCUUCAGCACCACCGGGCGGAGUACCUGCAAAGUCUACACCAGGUAUCCAAGGUGUAAGAGUUUUGCCACCUGGAGCAUCGGAACAACUGGCAGCGGCGGUCUUAAGAAAAGCACCUCCGAGUGCUUUGCCUGCUCAUUUAGCAGCCACCAAAACGAUUCAACCACAACAGCCAACUUACGUGAACAUGCACGAGCUUGCCAACAUGGCAGCUGACAAAGCGCAGCAAGCACAAGUGCAGCAGAAUCAGCCAUUACCCCCACCGCCUGCAGAGUUUAUAAGCCCUCCAGAAAAGCCGGAAGGUACUGAAAAAGAGAGCAGUACAAGUGAAAGUUCCUUAGAAUCUUCGAGUGGUUAUGGUAGUCAGACCACCUUCAAUAUAGACGACCACAAUCAGCAAAUUGACGAUGUAACAAAUUCCAAUAAGAAUAUUACCGCCAGCAAAUAUUGCACUCUUCCAAGAAACAACGAAUAUCUGGAUGCCAAUAGACGCAGGCCUUUAUCCAUGACAGCAAUGAAUACGAUCGGAACAUUACGAAGUACUCUACUACGUAGAGGCAGCAUGCAGAGUAACAAACCUCCACCGCCUAUUAGAAGAACAUCUUCAAUCACCAAUGCAGCUGCUUCUAUGGGAAGUUUGGAAAACCUUCCACCUCCACCUGCAUUUUUACUGGAACCAUCCGGAUGUCCACCUCCGAAUCCAGUACCCAGCCAAGUAGCGAAAGAUGUACUACCGAACACUGGUGUUAAAGUGGCUGAAACGGUGAAGGCCUUAACCGAACUGAAGCACACUCCUGCUAGUCCAAAUUCGAUUCGACGUUUAGCAGGCAUCUCAGGUUCCGCUCAAAACAUUUUUCAGCCCCAGCAAAUGCCCGCUGAACGGCCGAACAGUUUCCAGCCAGGGGGAAAUACAAUUUCAGGCUCCAAUCCCGUAUUUAGCACGUUUCAAAAUCAAGCUAAGGUGUCGUAUUUGUCACAGUCUGGAGGUGUGGUAUAUGCUCAACCCUCACAAGUAAUAGGAGGUAGCCCUAAUGCGGUCAGGCGAAUCACUAGUUUUCGUUCUCAAAGCGCAGAUCGAAAACCCGAAGGGCCUGGAAAAGUAGGUUCGAAUUUCAUAGCCUGUCUCAAUGCAAAACUGGCCCCAAACCUCAGCCCGAGAACGUCGAGACGCAACUCGGAAGAGCAUGGCCAGUGCCCCAAAGUGCUCAAGCCACAACAACCGCAAAGAGGGCCGGGGCAAAGUUUUCUCGAUUCACUAAAUGCCAAAUUAGCUCAACAGCAUUUGGGCGGAAACGUGGUACAGCCAGUCGGCUUGAAAGCCACGAAAAUUAGACAGAUCAUCAACAGCAAGGCACAGCCUGAUCCGAAAAUAUGCCAUGAAUCACUCAUGGAUCAGAUCAAGCGUGGAGCCACACUUAAAAGGGCAAAAAUCAUCAACGAUCGAUCGGCUCCGAAGAUUUACUAAAUAUUUUGACGUCGUAAUUUUGCUUAGUAUUAUCAGCUAUUUCACUGCAUCAUCGAUUUAGUAAAAUACAUAUGCGCAGAAACAGGAUUCAUUAUUUCAGAUGGAGUGUUUUCGAAAUUAGUAAUGCAAAAGAUAAUUUUCACUACAAAAAUGUUUUCAAAUUAUUUAAAAUUAAUAAGGAUAAUUAUAUAAGAACAAUUGAAAUAACACAUCAAUUAGACCAACAUAAAACAAUUAUUAGAUGUCUAGUGGGGCUUUGAGUCAAUUGUUAAGCCAGAUAAAUAACAUCUAAAUAUUUUGCAAAGCUCAACUCGGAAACAUAUCGAUCUCCACCAAUUCGUGAUUAGAUUGCACUCAAAAAACUUUAAAUUGUCAUUUUUUCAUUAUUUUAUAGAGCCGAAAACAUACUGCCAUUUAAUAAUGAUGUAAGUAAAAUUUGUGUUAUUUCCGUUGUUUUAUAAUUUUUUAUCACUCCAUCAUUACCAAGACCUUAACGUUAGUACACAGUUUUCCACCAGAUAUCCAAUAUAUAAUUAAAGUUAUUAAUGUAUCAACAAAUAGCAAUUUAGAUCGAAUUCCCCUUUAAACCAAACGUUAUUCUAGUUCCAUAAACAUAUUAUAUAAUCCAAUGCUAUAUAAUUUAGAUGUGUAUAAUUAGUACUAUGGUAAGAAAACACUGUAGAUGUUGAUUGAUGUCUUCUGAAUACAAAAUGAUAAAUUGGCGUCCAUUUUUUGUAUGAACCGUUUGAUGACUGAAUUAUUUUUGUAUUUUGUAGUAAAACCCAAAAAACAGGAGUCUCAUCUUGGAUGUUAUAUAAACAAUUAUGUAAAUUAGAUUAAAGCUGCAUGGUUUUCACAUCAUUUUAGUAAGAAACUAAAUAUUUAAAAUUCGUACUUAUGAAUUACGUAUAUAAGUAUAAAAUGAAUCUCGUAUCGUUCAUUUUGUUCAAUAUUUUUUUGAGCGCUAUUUACAACGCUAAAGUGAAAAAGGAAAGUACCGAAACUUGUAUGUUAAUACAUGCGCAACAAAUGGGUUUAUUGUGCAUACUGUGCACUGGAAURUGUAARAAUAUGCAGAGSGUGUCACAUUUAAAUAAAAAUAAUWAAAAACUUAGCAGGCACACUUAGCUGUUUUUCCAUCAGUCUUCAUUUUGAUAUGAGUCAAGACAAAGCCUGAUUUGGAAAAMCAACUCAAAAKGAUUAUUGUAGUAAUUUACAACAAGUUMUAUUAAAAUAUAUUUAAGCCAAAAAGAAAAAUAAAUGUMWUGAUUMAUUUUUUCCUAAAUGAUGAGUGMUGCUGAAAAUCUGCAUCUAAUAUUUGAUUUCGACAAAAUUUCAUCUUAAAACGAAGUAAAAAUGUUAUUUUCAGUUUUUGUUCGGAACUCACUUCUUUUGCAUUAUAGCAUUUUAAAAACACCGAAGAACAAUUGAUAAACGUUCGUUAAAAAGUUAACGGUUUUUCAUUUCAAGUGUUUAAAACCAUUUUUUAAAUAUUUGGUUUCUUCUAGUUGACUGGYAAUUACMAAUUUGUUUAAAUACGAAAUACCAUUUUCACUAACCAAUUGUCAGCUACUAUCUUCCUAGUUUAGUAAGUGUACAAAAAAUUAAUAUACGUAUUCAACUCAUAAGACUUCUCAUAAUCACAACUUCAUGUAUAAAGUUUUAAACUAGAUUUAAUAUAUUCGAAGAUUGUUAGACACUGUAAGUAUACAUAGCACGUUUCUUCUUUUAAUUUGUUUUAUUUUUGUGUAUUUUAAUUUUAGUUAUUGAAAUUUCUUGAAUAUUAAUUUGUUUUAGAUUAGUUACAUUAAAAAGUACAAUAACUAUUAGCUGUUUUACCCUCAAAGGUAUAUUAGGAGUAAGAUUUGUUCAGAAAUGGUUUGGGUAAACGAAUUAUCUUUGCAAUUGACUGCAUAAAAUAAAACAAGUUUUCAAAAUUGACAGGAAUAUCCUUCAUUAUAAUGAAGACUUGCGAAAAAAUGCUUUAUAUAAAGGUAUCCUAAAUUGACUAAAAUGUGUUUGCAAAAUUUUACAUUAGUGAUGUUUGCCGUAGAGUAUUUUUGUAACACCGUAACGUGAAUGAACCUAUUUUACAUCAACCACCUUGAAUGUGUUAGUUGAUUCGAAAUGUUUCACAGUUGCUUGCAAUAAUGCAACACUCCUGACACUCAGAUCUUUAAUAUAGUAGUGUGCUCUUUCAUAAGUAACUGUCGAGAAUGUUAAAUUAAGUAUUUUAUGUAAACGUUAACUGUGUAUAUAAAUGUUUAUACUCCAUUUAUUGGUGUAGACUAAGGCUGGCCAUAACUAGUUUCAUGAAAAUAUUGACUGUAUAAUGCACAAAGUGUAAACAUAAUAUUAGAAUAUACUUUUCUAUGCAAUUAUAACAACGAAAAGAGGAGAAAAAAUCGCGCAUUAAUAAUAAUCUUAAUUUUCAUGUAAGAAUUUAUAAGUGAGUUCGAAAGUUGAUUUUAGCUCACAAAAUUGUGAAGAGAACAUCAUUCAAUAAAAAGAUUGCUCCAUUAAAGCAGAAAAAAAUCCGAACAAUAGUGAGGUGUUAAUUUUCAUUGUCUUUCCUGCUUAGAAUCGGUACAAUUUUGAUUGUAGAUAAACAGUCUCCUUUCCGUAAAGCUAGACUUUGGCCAGUUUUUCAGUAUCAUUGGUAUUGAUAAAGUUGCAUCCAUGUUUAAAGUGAUACAUAUUAAUUAUUAUUUAUAUGAUACAAUAAUCCGUAAAAUUUUAAUAUGAUUAAUGAUGUAUGUUUGAAGCGGAUUGCUUUUCAUUUGUGUUGUGCAUGAUUAAAGGAAAAUAAAGUUAAUUAAUGUA